CCUUAGAACCUCGGGCGGCGGCGGCAACCACAGGUACUGCGCAGAUCACCGCGUCCUACCUGUCUGGGCAUCUCAAUCCCGACCCAGAGAACUGAAAUUUUCAAAGUGCGCCUAACUCUGAACAUCCAGGCUCCGGCACUCGAGAGCCGAGUCCUGGGGUCACCUGAAUCUUAGGACGACGUGAUCCGGGAGCCGCAGACUCAGGGCACCGAGGGCUGCCGGGGAGGCAGUGAGGUCCUGGAAACCUCUGGAGCGGAAGACUUGGAGACCUCGGAGCCAGAGAGCCAAGUCCCCCAAGUACCAGUUGAACAGGACACAGAAAGCCCGGACGGACGUUCUGUAGCUGGGCCGCCUGGCAUUCGGAUAACGGAGGUCCUGGGGCAGUGCCCCUCUUUCUGCUCGAAGGCCUCCCGGUGUGUUUUCCACCGAAGCCGGCAUCUAACCCGGCGCCUGCGGAACUACUGAUGGAGACGCCCAUCCAGCGCGAAAUCCGCCGCAGCUGCGAGCGCGAGGAGAGCCUGCGCCGGAGUCGGGGUCUGAGUCCCGGCCGUGCGGGCGAGGAACUCAUCGAGUUGCGUGUGCGACCGGUGCUCAGCCGGCCCGGUCCCGGCCCCGCUGCGGCGGAGGAUGGCGGGGGGUUGCAGCGGCGGCCGGAGGCGGGAGGCCGGCUGCACCCCGCUAUGCAGGACGGCUGCGCGCUGCUGGGGCACCCGCCGCCUCUGGUUUCCCCGUCGCUACUGGAGCAAGAGGUGCGCCAGGUGCGCGAGCGCGAGCGGGAGCUGCAGUUGCAGCGGCGCAGUAUCUACGGGGCCGCUGAGGUCCGGGAGCCAGCGCCGAGCCUCACCCCGAGCAGGGGAGACGGAAAGUUGGCGGUGAUCUGGCCCCCGCGGAGAACGGCCUCGGAGAACGGCCUGGAGAAGGAGCGCAGACCCUGAGGUCUGCGAAGGCUGGGACACAUGGCCAGAAGUGACGUCCCCAAUAAAGAGCCAGGGUAGAGUUACCCUCCGGAUCAGCAGAAGUCCUGGAGAGGAAGGGGCCAGCUCUCUUCAAUGGCAACUUGAAAUCCUGCACAUUCUUGAUGCUGACUAUGAAAUUAACCACCUUUCUCCAUUAAAAUUGUUUAGUCUUCACUGGAAAACUAACAACCACCCGCUAAACCUGUGAGUGAAACACAAAAUAAAGUUUCCCCCACUCCCUCCUUUCUUA